UGUGGUAAUGUCAUUAUGAUAAAUCCUAAUGUCAAUCUAAUUUUGUUAAGAUUUAAGUAAAAUUCAAAAUUCGAAUAUAUUAGUGUCCUUUUAAAAUAUAUUUUAAAAAUGGAGGACGACGACAUUACAAGUGAUGAAGAACAACGUGUUAGAGAACGUAUCCGCAAGGAAGCUGUGAAUAAUAGAGGCAAAAUUACAUGCAGAACUCGGAUUGAUACACUGUCCUCGCCCGGUAAAAGAGCUAUUUUAGAUUUGUAUCAGAAACAUGCUUAUCAUUUCCCAAGGGAAAGAGUAGAGCUCAUCAAGCAAAGACUACAAGAGCUAUACGCUAUGACACCCGAGGAAACCGAGCGGUAUUUUGAAGAGAUGAGACAGCAACUACAAAAGAAGGCAAUGAGAGAUAAGCUGAAGAAAGCACUUAAGAAGAGAUAUAUGAAAGAGAAGCGCCGGGAAAAGCAAGCAGCCGCUUAUUGUUUUGUUGAUCAAUUGUUUCGAAGCGCCAUGAAUUUUGCAGUAAAGAAUCCCGUGCCACCGUUGGUAUCUAUACGGCUGCGUCACUUAUCAGAUAUUAUUUUAGAGCAACUUUGCGACCUACGAAACAUAUCCCGUCCAUCAAGAGAUGAACCAGACCAACAAGGAGCUUUUAUGAUCACCGUAGCUGACUGGUUUGCUAUAGCCGUAGAACAUGUUUAUUAUCUAGUUCAGUUAAAGAAAAAUCAAGAACUAGAAGAGAUAGAAAAACAAAAAGAAAUGGAAAGAGGCGAAAAAUCUUCUUCCUCGGCAACAAAAUCUUCAUCAUUACUAAUGACAGUAGAGCCUUUUGAACAUGAAGAGUUAUUCGAAUAAAACAUAAUAAAAAAUA